GUCUAUGGAAUGUGGGGGCAGCUGUUGCAGAGCUACAAGAAAAGUCUACUGCUAAUAGGAGGUGCUUGCUGCAUCUGUAGCAACGGUAGUAACAGGAACAACACUUCAAUUUAAAACACUCGUGCGGACACAGAUCAAUCGGAGAAAAUUCGAAUUGACGAAAUCUGAACUUUAUUAUUUCUUAAACGGCUCAAAACACGGAAGGCGAAACGCAAUUACGAGAGAAACAGAACCACAUCGGACUCCUAUCAUUCGAUACAGUACGAAGUACACGCAGACACAGAACAUAGUAGACCAUCCCACGUUGCUAUCUGUGUCGUUGUGAGAAUGAGUGAAACUGAAACUGAAGAACUAAAAUGUCCCGUUCCUAAAGACGUUCGCGAUGCUUGGUUAAAACAAAACCAGCAAGAAUCGUCGAAUCUGGCCCAGUCAGCCAGAGACGAGGAGGGAACCUUGUCAACAGACAGAAUGGUAUCCAGUAUACCAAAAACGGCAGAGCAUUCAGACGAAUCAUCCGCAGAACGGUGGGUAUAUCCAUCGCCGAAAAUGUUUUAUGAUGCGAUGAAACGGAAAAACUUUCAUCCUAACGCAAAAGACAUGCAAACCAUCGUUCCUGUCCAUAACGCUGUCAACGAACAAGUGUGGAAAUGCAUCCUUCAUUGGGAAAAGGGCUGGGGUGCAGAGAAAUGCGGGGGUUUGACGUUAGACAAGUUCGAGGGAAACUCGGAGAAGAUUUCGCCAAAAGCACGCUUUUUAUCGUUGCUAGGCUUUACCAAACCUUUUGACCGACAUGACUGGACUGUCGACCGCUGCGGCAAGAAAAUCGUAUAUGUGAUCGACUUUUACAAAGGCUAUCCGGGCCCUUCUGGUGAUGGAAGCAGCUUAUACCUUGACGUUCGCCCAAAGUUAACGCUCGAAGGAAUAAAGAUGCGGUUGUACCACUGGUGGAUCAACAUAACGACGACACACAAAAAGUGACACGGUCAACGUGCUUUCGGUGCAUACGCACAAAGAUCGUAUCCUUCAGUCUUUGCAUUGCAAUCUUUAAACUCCUCUCUGUGCUGCUAUGUUUUCUUUCAUGACACUUAAUGUUUUUCUUACUUUUUUUAUGAAUCAUGAUUCACUUUUUUUUAGAAUGCCUUCUGGUAGUUAAUGGCAUUCAAGCGCCUUGGCGGAUAGACUUACAGCGCGUUUCAAUACGGGAGGG